AAUUCCUGUGCAAUAUUGAAGCUUGGGAUAAUGUACGAGACAGGGCAAGGUGUUAGACAAGACGAUAGAUUAGCAUUCAAGCACUACGAAAGAGCAGCAGUUGGCAAUGAUCCAGUCGCACAAUAUAUUCUCGGUCUUCAUUACCGACUAGGAAGUCUAGGACUUAAACGAGAUAAUCAGCAGGCCAAGCGAUUCAUCUCUAAAUCUGCUCAAGCCGGGGUUCCUCCGGCCCAACGUGUACUCGGUCUAAUGUAUGCUCAACAGCUCAUAUCAUCGAGUGAUAAUGGACAAGCGAAUAAUACUAGGCGCAAGAAUUACCGAAUUGCCUUGGGAUGGUUCCGGAGAGCCGCGUCACACGGAGGCGUGCGUGCACUUGGAUUAGUAGGAUUUUGUUUUGAGCAUGGCUAUGGUGUCCCGGCUGACCACAGAGCAGCAUUUAGCUACUAUCGGAAAGCUGCAGCCAACAAAGGACACAGGACAGCAUUGUACAGCCUAGGUCUAUAUUAUAUCAAUGGUCUCGAAGGAAUAACCAGAAAUAUUCCCCGAGCCCGCGAAUGCUUUAAUCAAGCGGCACAAAAAGGAUUAACUUGUGCCAUGACAGCACUAGCUACUCUUUAUCGUAAUGCUUACAUGUCAAAUGAAUUGCCUGAAAGGAAAACAGAGAGCCAAUGCGAACUAGCCGUACAGUGGUAUCAGCGUGCUGCACUUUUAGGAGAUGCUACUGCCCAGCGGGAAUUAGGACUGCUGCACGGUGCAGGACUUGGAGUACCAAAAAAACCGUCUUGCCGCAUUUAA